AUGGCAGCUCUAGAAAAUUUGCCUGCGGAUGCCCUUAGUGCGGAUCCCAAGAUUCCAACCAUUGUUGAAGAAAAAGAGGUCUGCUUAUACCCCGUACACCCAAUCCCCCAGUUACAGGGUGCCUUUGAAGAGUCAAUUGAAGAAGCAAAUAAAAACACCGCCAAUGAGUGCGUGGUUGAGAUUGACGCCCAAACACGUCGCCGCGAUCUGCUUGAGAAUGAUGAGUACGAACGCAUAUGUGGCCGCAAAUGGCGCCAAAAGGGUACUGAAAAAUAUCAUCCGCUUUGGAAGUUGAUCGCCCAGAUGGCGUUUGGGGUCCACCUAUUGGCGAAGAAGCUCGCAAAAUCAAAGCCCCAAGUGAUGAAAAUUCUCCAGGACCAUGUGGACGAGUUAGACGGGGUCUUGCAGAGAACUACAGAGGACUUUCUCAUCAUCGAAUUGGAUGUUCGAACAAGAAUUCAAUACCUCAGCCUCCCUCUCGGAAACCUCGAUGUAUUUGACGAGAUGCUGGAGGACCGCACUUUUCGACUCUCCCUGGUGGCAUACAACGAUCAGAUCGAGCACGCCGUAGAUCGCUUUACACUUGCACUCACCGAUACCCUUAAAGAUCUACGGAAGGGAAAAGAGGCGAUCAGUGCUCUUUGGCUGUAUAUGAUUCGAUUGGCUGACGGAGGCUGUUUUGAGUCCGAUAGCCUUAAGCCUUUUUACCAAACAAUGAUGGAUAAUCUGGAGGGUUGGCUUGUAGCUUUGUGGAAGCUGCGUCGGCGUGGUACAGCACUAUUGAAAGCUCUUCGCCAGCUCGCCGUCUCCACUAAUGAGAUGCAGAGAAGAGUGGGCAUAGCAAGCCGGAAGGAUGUGCGAUCAUUCGCUGCCGUGGGCAGCUCUCAACCAGCCAAACACAAGCUUUUUACAAGGCGUCCCACUACACCAUGGUCUCGACCAAUGUCCUCCAACAAACCACUACCCCGGGAUCCUUCUCUACAGCCAAGAAGAUCCGUGCAAACUCCCGCCAGGACACCUGUUAUCGAGCCUGGCAACAAUCGCCCAACUCAAACUGAAGUUGCGAAGGAAGCAAAAACAGUACAAGCUCUGAAUCGAGCAAAAUCAUGCAGUGCCUUGGUCCCAGCAGACUCGACCCCACCAGUUACAUCUCCACAAACUCCAGGCCGCUUAAGCAGGAAACUCUCUAAGCCUUUCCUCUCUAAGCGACUUUCCACCAUGAAAUUAGACAAUACACAGAGUAGGCCAGCGACAGCCCCUGCUCGGGCACUCAAAUCACGCAGUGCCUCGAUCGAACAUUUAAAGUCUUUCUGGUCCAACGGCCAUCUCCAGACCCCACCACAUGGAUCAACGGCUGAUCCUGCCGCUAAUAUGUAUCAGCCAACAUCCGCACGAUUUCCCGUGCGCGGAGAAUCUAUGAAAGAACAAAUCUCCCAGUAUCUCAAGACGGACCGGGUGGUCGAUGCAUGGGAUACUGUGGCCAACAAGACGGGCAAUUGUGGACGCACCCUAACCAAAACUACAAAAGGGUGGCCAAGCAGCGUUUUUCGAGCUAAACCUUCUGAUGCGCUGCGUAUCCGGCGUGGGAACAAAGAUGGACUAUCUCCCACCGGUUUGAGGAGGCAGAUGUCAUGGGCGCAAGACGAACCUGAAAUUCUGAAUACGUACUCCUUCAAACGAAGACCUGAAAUCUCUCCGCGGAUCCAUGUUGUAUCCGUUCAAAUGAUUUUGGACGAAGACAUGAACUUUGGUGAGGAUACCGUCGACGGCGCUUCUGAAGUAGGCGGAGAUGCAGGCUCGAUCAUUACAGCACUUCCAUCCUUGAGCAUCCAGAGACCGCAGACUGUCGACUGUGCACAAGGCUGA